AAUGAAAGAGGAGGGUGUGCCCGCCGACGCGCUACCGGGAGCGCCACGUGGGGGAAGCGGCCGGUGCGGUCAUGGCGGAGUUCCGGGCGCUGGGGCUGGCGCCGUGGCUGGCGGAGCAGGCGCGGCAGGUGGGGCUGAGCCGGCCCACGCCCGUGCAGGCCGCCUGCAUCCCGCCCGUGCUGCAGGGUCGCGACUGCCUGGGCUGCGCCAAGACGGGCAGCGGGAAGACGGCGGCGUUCGUGCUGCCGGUGCUGCAGGUGCUGUCCGAGGAUCCCUACGGCAUCUUCUGCCUCGUGCUGACCCCCACCAGGGAGCUGGCGUACCAGAUCGCCGAGCAGUUCCGCGUCCUGGGGAAGCCGCUGGGGCUGAAGGACUGCGUGGUGGUGGGCGGCCUGGACAUGGUGGCGCAGGCGCUGGAGCUCUCCCGCAAACCCCACGUUGUCAUCGCUACGCCCGGCAGGCUGGCGGAUCACCUCCGCAGUUCCAACACCUUCAGCCUUAAAAAGCUCCGGUUCUUGGUCUUGGACGAAGCGGACCGGCUGUUGGAGCAGGGCUGCGCUGACUUCACCGCGGACCUGGAGGUGAUCCUGGACGCCGUUCCGCCGCGCAGGCAGACGCUGCUGUUCAGCGCCACGUUAACAGACACGCUGAACGAGCUGAAGACCCUGACGGCCAACAGACCCUUCUUCUGGGAGGCCGCGUCCGAGGUGCGGACGGUGGAUGAGCUGGACCAGCGGUACUUGCUUGUCCCCGAAGCGAUCAAGGACGCGUACCUCGUCCAUUUAAUCCAGACCUUCCAGGACGAGCACGAAGACUGGUCCAUCAUUAUCUUCACUAAAACCUGCAAGGACUGCCAGGUGUUGAACAUGAUGCUGAGGAGAUACAACUUUCCCUCCGUCGCUCUGCAUUCCAUGAUGAAGCAGCGACAACGCUUUGCAGCUUUAGCCAAGUUCAAGUCCAGCAUCUUUAAGAUCCUCAUUGCCACCGAUGUUGCUGCCAGAGGUUUGGACAUUCCUGCGGUACAAGUUGUCAUCAAUCACAACACUCCCGGCCUGCCAAAAAUCUACAUUCACCGGGUUGGCCGGACAGCCCGUGCGGGUCGGAAAGGAAUGGCCAUUACACUGGUGACACAGUACGACAUCCACCUCGUCCACGCUAUUGAGGAGGAAAUCAAGCUGAAGCUGCAGGAGUUCUCGGUGGAGGAGCAGCGUGUGCUGGACAUCGUCACCCAAGUGAACGUCACCAGGCGGCAGUGUGAAAUCGAACUGGAGGGAACGGAUUUUGAUGAGAAGAAAGAAAUAAAUAAGCGGAAGCAACUGAUCCUUGAAGGGAAGGAUCCAGAUCUGGAGGCGAAAAGGAAGGCAGAGCUGGCCAAGAUCAAGAAGAAAAACAAGCAGUGCCGGGAGAAGGUCCAGCAGACGCUGCAGAAGAGAAAGGAGCUGCAGCUGAAGAGGAAACUGCGGAAGAAGAUGGAGCGGCGGAACAAACUGAGCGCUAAGGAAGAGAGUUAACAUCCUUUGGCCUGACAUGCUGCACUCGGACUGCCCUGACGUUGCUGCUUUGGGAAUACUGGGAUCUAACACUUAACACAGACACUUCUGACCUGAAAUCAGUCUUGGAGUCUGGGGAACGUGGGGUGAGGGAAAAGGACACUUUGAUAAACAUCUCUGUUAUUUUUCCUUCCUGGUGGGCUGGAGGGCACUGAGCUCUCCUAAGAAAUGGUUUUAUUUCCCUACAGAGCUUAAAAUCCCCGUGUAGCUCAGGCUGGAGUCUGGCCAGCUCUCUUCUGAUGUCAGGUUUGAUCCUCGGUGCCUUUUUAAUGGGCAGAGCUUUCUAUGACUUGAGACUGAAGAUGUGCUAUUUCUGUUCUCUGGCUUACAAAAAUAGUUUCUAUUUCCAGUGCCCAAAUAAAUAUUUAUUGCAACAA